UAAUCCCGCGCAUCUCUCAAUUUCAGUGUUUUGCGUUUCCCUCAUUUCGCUCUCUCUCUCUCUCUCCUAGAAUUUGUUCUUCUCUCACUCUAGAAUUUGUUCUCUCUCUCUCUAAACAAUGGAAUCGGGCAAGGCUGCAAAGAGUGUUGGGGGUCGAAAGGGUGGAGUGAAGAAGAAGUCUGUGUCCAAGUCUGUGAAGGCAGGGCUUCAGUUUCCAGUGGGUAGGAUUGCUAGGUUUUUGAAGAAGGGGAGGUAUGCUCAGAGGGUUGGGACUGGUGCUCCUGUUUAUUUGGCAGCUGUUCUUGAGUACCUCGCUGCUGAGGUUCUUGAGCUUGCUGGUAAUGCUGCGAGGGAUAACAAGAAGAACCGCAUCAUCCCAAGACAUCUGCUAUUGGCUGUGAGGAAUGAUGAGGAGCUUGGCAAACUCCUUGCUGGCGUCACCAUUGCCAGUGGUGGUGUCCUCCCUAACAUUCACUCUGUACUCCUCCCCAAGAAGACUGAGAAAUCUGGAGAGCCAAAGUCCCCAAAGAAGACCACAGCAAAAUCCCCAAAAAAGCUCUAAUUCCUGGAAACUAAAUCUAGAUAUGCCUCAGAUUUAAUCUAGACUUCUCUCGCUGUAUUUUUCUUUUUUGAACUUUUGUCUGAUGUAUGAUAUGGUUGAUAGGUUAUGUGUUUUGGUUGUGGAUUCUCGGGAUGUUGAAGUGGGUCACAACUUGUGGCAAAUGAAAUUUAAACUUUUCCGGUGCAA